AUGAAGCACCUGUGCUACGAAGGCAGCGCGUUUCUGCGCCAGCGUCUACUGCUAUCGACGCUGACGGGUCAGCCAGUGCGAAUUUCGCAGAUUCGAGCCUCGGCUUCUGGUCUGUCGCUGCCUGGCUUGCGACCCCACGAGGCUUCGCUGCUUCGCCUUCUGUGUAAAGUAACUGUGGGGACGCGAGUGCACAUCGAUGCGACGGGGACGGUGCUGACGUACGUCCCCGGUCAGUUGCUUGGCAGCGACGAGGCGAGUCCAGACCGUCUCGCGCAUACAUGUCACCCUGGUCGUGGUCUCUCGUACUACCUCGAAGUGCUGCUGCUUCUUGCGCCCUUCUGCAAGAAUCCACUCUCGAUUUCGCUCUCGGGCGUGACCGACGGCUCCUCCGUCGACCCCCCCGUCGACCUCACGCGCGCCGUCACUGUCCCUACACUCCAGCGCCUCCUCGCACUCGUCGGUUCCCGAGGCGGAGCCGGCGGCUCGUCUCCACUCUCUCUCGAAGUCAAAAUUCUCCGGCGCGGCUUCCCACCCGCGGGCGGCGGCGAGGUGUCUGUCCACUGCUCGGGGGUCCUCGCGGGGCCGUUGCAUCCCUUUGCCCUGGUCGACGUGGGGCGCGUGAAGCGGGUGCGCGGCGUCGCCUUCGCCGAGAACGUCAGUCCGCUCCUCGCUCGUCGCUGCAUCAACCGCGUUCGCCAUGUCUUCAACGCCUUUCUCCCCGAUGUCUGGGUGUAUCUUGACGUCAAGAAGAAAACCGCGAAGGAGGCCGAGAAAGCCGCGAAGCAGGAGAAGCGGCGCGGAGUGGGCGUCGCCCUCGUGGCGGAGACGAUCACCGGCAACGUGAGGGGGGCCUUCAGCUGCGAGACCUUCCACGAGAGCGACGGAGACAAAGGCGCCGAAGCAGGCGACUGCGCAGACGCAGACGCGUCGAGAGCCACGGGGAACUGCAAGCUGACGCGACUUUUGGAGAAAGAAGCGCGGGAGAACGCGCAGAGAGAACAGAGCGCAGACGGAAGCGAGGAGCUCGGCCAGUCCGAGAAAAUGGGUCAAGACGCCGCGCGCCGGCUGCUCCUCGAAAUCAUGCAGGGCGGCGUCGUCGACACACACCACCAAUACAUGGCGCUCCUCUUCGCUGCGGCGGCGGAGGAACACCAGCCCUGCAAGCUGAGACUGUCGCGACUGACACCGUACACGACGCAGUUCCUGCGACACUUGAGAGAUUUUCUUGGUGUCACGUUCCACUUCGAGGAGACGAACGCCGACACCCCCGAGGUUCUUCUUAGAUGCGUUGGAGUCGGUUUGAGGAAUACUGCCAGAAAAACUUUUUAACCGUCUGCACUGCAACGUUGCAAAGCCGUUCCAUCGCUCCCAAGCACACAGAGCAGC